CCCUCGUGCUAUCCACCCCUUGUCCUCCUCACCCAUGCUCGCCGCGAGCAAUGACGAGCCCUUCAACGGCGGUCUCGCUCCCCUCCGCCGCCUCCUGCCACACCCGGACGGUGCUCGCGCUCCCCACCAUGUCCGCACCGUGGCGGCGCAGCCCUAGCGGCCGCGCGAGGCUCGUCACCACCGCGGCAAUGCCAGCUCCGGAGCCCAAUAAGGCGCGCGUCUUGGUGGCCAGUGGCGGCAUUGGUAGGCUGGCAUUCACGCUCGCCGCCAAGCGGAAGGGGUUCGAGGUGCUGGUGUUGGAGCAGGAUGUGAGCGCCGUCCGCGGGGAAGAGAGGUACCGCGGCCCAAUCCAGCUGCAGAGCAAUGCGCUCGCGGCGCUCGAGGCCAUCGACGCCGCCGUGGCCGACAAGGUCAUAGACGUCGACUGUGUCAUGGGGGACCCCGUCAAUGGCAUCAUCGACGGCGUCUUCAGCUCCUAGUAAGGGCGGGAGGCAGGGCCAUUCCGACUAGCAGGCGGACGAGGACGCGGCGUCAGCGAUGGCGCUGCCGUCGCCGGAGCUAGACAGGCACAAGCACCGCAUCAUCGUGUCGGACGUGGUGUUCAAGAGCCGGUGGAGGAAGAAGAAGAGAGAAUGAGAUGGGGAGAGAGCAGGGAGGUGUUGGCUGGGCCCAAUUACGAUAAUAUGGUAUGUUUUAAAAUAUUGGAGACUAGUUAUUGGCGAUCUGCUGUGGGUUGAUAUGUUUUUAUGGAAUAACUUUUUGGAAGAGCUCCCACAUAGUUUUGGGGAAGAAAUAUUUGAGCAACUCUUCUUACACCGCAACAUGCUCCAAAUGCGACGCUGCUUUUCUAUUGUACCGGC